ACUUGAAUCAGAUUUGUCACACUUUUCUGUUUUUGGAUUUGUAGAUUCCUCAAGAAGAAAGAUGAAACCAGAAAUCAUUGAUUGGAGCAACAUAGAAUCAAUAUUCGUCGAAGAUGAAACUUAUGAGAGCUUCAAUGCGCCUAAAUGGGUCAACCUUUCAUCUCCAGAUGAGCUCAUUGAUGAUGAAGCCUGGUUCUGCAAUCCUGAUUGCAAGCAUCCAAAGUCGGCAGAAGAUUUCCACAAAACACAGAGCGAAACCGCAGCUAAGGAGUACAUUCUCAGCCAGUAAUUUGCUCAAGGGACGGGAAGUUUUGAAUCAUAUCACCGGACUUUGUACUGAUAUGAAGAAUUUUGCCAAGAGGGGUUCAAGAAAAAAGAUAUCAGAGAAUCGUGGCUUGAAGGAGAAAGUAAGGGACAGAAUGCCUCUCAUUGUUAGAGAAGGUUGACUGUUACAGCACCAAUUUAGUUUGUAGCUUUCUAACACUUUGCCAUUGAAUAAAUCGCAUUUGCACCC